AUGAUCAGUCAUGAAAUUCCGAGCAGACCGUUGGAGAAAGUUGGCUGUGAUCUCUUGGGCUUUGAGGAUAAACAUUAUUUAGUAUGUGUGGACUACGUCUCGGAUUACUUUGAGGUGGACAGGAUUUUUGGAAAGAAAGGAAAGGAAGUGAUUUCAAGGUUAAAAUCUCAGUUUGCUCGACAUGGAAUACCGGAUCAAUUUAUAAGUGACAAUGGACCACCUUUCAGUUCAAGAGAGUUUCAGGAUUUUCACUGGCCUAUGAGUUUGAGCACCUCACAAAGAAGUACUCUAACUGAGGGAAUUGAAAGCUCUCCUGCUCAGCAAUUGUUUGGUCGGAGAACUGAAACUUUGGUCCCAACGUCUACAAGACUACUUGUUCCAGAAGCGGUACAUCGUGUUCCUAACAAGCUAAAGGAAAGGAAAGUCAAACAGACUUACUACCAUGACAGAGCUGCCAAAGAGUUCGACAGAUUAAAACCUGGAAACGUAGCAUGUGUGAAGCUGAGACCUGAUUCGAGGGAGUGGACUAAGGCAACUGUUGAUAAGGAAGUUGACAUUAGAUCAUAUCAAAUUCGAACAGAGGAUGGCCGUACAUACAGGAGGCAUCAUAGACAUCUCAGGCACACCAUGGAGCCUUUCCUAACAGCGCCAUUUAUGGAGUUUUCAACCAACCUGUCACAGUUACAGCAACAAAAAGGGGUAGUUCCCAGUGGCAAUUUUUCCGUUUCCGAAGCAACAACCAGAAAGCCUGCUUCCAAAGUAUCAACUAGGGAGCUCGCCUCGGGGGCACCAAACAGGAAACCCGUUUCCGAAGCAGCAACCAGUUCUUCAGUCAUCCACAGCCGGAGCCACUCGGUGUUCGAUAAGUUAGAUCCGGUGGCAUACUUUCAGUCCCUGCUUCUGGAGUUUCUACCAGUGAGCCAGCUCUCUCUGCUACCACCCCUAGAAGUGGCAGAGUGA